UGGAUCUCAGAUUUCUUCCCGCCAAUUUCCUCUUCUUUUCAACGUUCAAGCUCUACAGGCGCGUUGUUACGGUGGAUGCUCUAUUUUUUUAUCUUAUCUCAGCACUACCUUCGUAAACCAUGUCUUCGAGUUCAAAGGUCUCUUGUGAUUUGAGUGCCAAAGAAUUCUUAAAAAUACAUGGUUUGAAGACCAUAUAACUGAACUGGUUGAGAGGGAAAAGUUCACAACUGUUUCUGACCUGAAGCUGAUUUGUGAGCUGGGAAAAGAUGAUUUCAAAAAAACUGGGCUGCCUAUGUGUGUAGCAAUUAAAUUACAAAAGGCGAUUAAAAGUUUGGAUAAAGGCAAAGAACUCAAGACAUCACUGGACUCCACAACAAUAAAAGCAAACAAGAUACUAAAAAAGACUGAGCUCAUCGAGUUGAGCAAAAAGUCACUUGAAGCGCAAUUUGCAAAUUCCAAUUGGAAUGAAUUCAACAAGCGCCUGUCUACACUUGUAAACAUUAAUAUUUCCAGUGGGAAGUGGGAAGGAAGCUGGGCCAUGAGAAAAAACCAUGGUACUGAUAACACUCAGGCCCUCCAAAACCGUGGUUUAGCCGAGAGUAUUAUCACAAAUCCACAAAUAUCCGCCUUGUAUGGGCGCUUUGAGGUGCCAGGCCACGGGAUUGUAGAACUUAAUGAGAAGACAGCAUCGAAAUUCAUUGCUGCCAAGCUUGCUCAUAUGAGGAAGCCCUCUUCAUAUGAGAAGAAGUACAAUUCAAGUAAAGCUACUAAUGAAAAGGCUGAUUCAGAUGAAGAGGGAUCUUCUGUCAAUGACGACACAUCAAGGGCACCAUUGAAACAUCGCUCUAAUAAGAGCAACAAGGAAGGUGAAGGUGUGAAAGCGAGAAAGCAUGCAAAAACAAGUGAAGGACCAGAAAAUGAAAAGUUGGAGGUGGCUAAGACUAAAGACCAGGAAGAAGAAACUGAAGAGGAAGAGGAUUUAGAGAUUCCAAAAGACAAGGCAAUGCUGGUCGGACUGUUUUAUAUUGGCUUAAAGCGAAAGGAAGAUGCCCAGAUGGCUGUGCUUAAGAGACAUCUUUCUAAACUGAAAAUAGCUGCUACCAAAAAUACAGAGAAAAUUACAGCAUUGCAGAUGAUUGGGAAGGAAGUGUUCAAUUCAAAGAAGGUUGUAAGAGUGGAUCAAGAAAGGCCCAUUGCAUUUUCAAAUCUAAGAAGAACAACUAAAGACGACUAGAUGUGCUUGAUGUACUAUAAUUUUCCUCGUGUUGCUGCACAGGAGUUUUAGGAAAGAUGGGAAAGUUUAGUACAUUACAAUUUAUGGCUUUUUUUGGCGAAACCAUAUUAUAUGAACAAUUUUUUUCAAAUAAAAUAUUUUUUAGAUAUAUUUUAAAAUUGUUGAAAUUAUGAAAAAAAAAUUAUAUUUUGAAUUAUUUAAUGGAGCUAUAUUUUACAUUGCAUAUGAAAUUAUGAAAAUAGUGCGAUCUACUAAGCAUAUAUUAUAUUGCUAUAUGUCAACAGUACUUCAAGAUUAUUGUAACUUGAAUUUAUGAAAUUUAUAUAUAUAUAUAUAUUUUAAUUAUAUGACAAUUUUUCAAUUAAAUAUUUUUAGAUAUAUUUUUAAAUUGUUGAAAUUAUGAAAAAAAUUAUAUUUUGAAUUAUUUAAUGGAGCUAUAUUUCACAUUGCAUAUUAUGCAUAUUAAAUUAUGAAAAUAGUGUGAUCUA